CUCAGGUUCCUGACUUCCGGUUCCGCGGGGACCCAGAGGCCACACUGAGGCUAAUGGCGGCGUCCGCAAGAGAGAAUUUCGGGGUUGAGGAGGCCGCGUCGGAAGGGGAGCCGCGAGUUCUGGAACCCGGGGCCGCCCCGUUCGGAAAUUUCCCUCAUUAUUCCCGCUUCCACCCUCCAGAGCAACGGCUCCGUCUCCUGCCCCCGGAGCUGCUUCGCCGGCUCUUCCCUCAGGGUCCCCAGACGAAGCCGAUUCUGGGGCUCGACGUGGGGUGUAACUCCGGGGAUCUGAGUGUGGCUCUGUACAAACACUUCCUUGCCCUACGUGAGGAGGAGACUUGUUCAGAUGCCUCAGGAGAACUCCGUCUCCUCUGCUGUGACAUAGAUCCAGUCCUGGUGGAGCGAGCUGAAAAAGAAUGCCCUUUUCCUGAUGCCUUGACUUUUAUAACCCUGGACUUCAUGAAUCAAAGGAGACGGAAGGCUCUCCUGGGCUCUUUCUUAAGUCAGUUUGGAUGCUCAGUUUUUGACAUUGGUUUCUGCAUGUCAAUAACCAUGUGGAUUCAUCUGAACCAUGGGGACCGUGGCCUGUGGGAGUUCCUGGCUCACCUUUCCUCCCUCUGUCGCUACCUCCUUGUGGAGCCACAGCCCUGGAAGUGUUACCGGGCAGCUGCAAGGCGUCUCCGAAAGCUGGGUCUCCAUGAUUUUGACCACUUCCACUCCCUUGCCAUCAGAGGUGAUAUGGCCAGUCAGAUUGUGAAGAUCUUGACCCAGGACCAUGGCAUGGAAUUAGUAUGUUGCUUUGGCAACACCAGCUGGGACCGAAGCCUUCUGCUCUUCAGGGCAAGACAAACCACAGAGACUCAUCUGAUCCCUGAAUCACUGGUAGAAGAAGGGAAAGAAAGGAACAGGUUAAGAUUCUGGAGAUAGUGAGAUGAGAGGACUAGAAGACUAGGAAAGAGACAUUGAGAGGGUUUUACACUGAGAAUUAAGUUCACUCUCCGUAACUCCUUAACAGUUAGGCUGGUUUAAAACCUUGCAGAAGCUUUUGGCGAAAUGUCCAAGACAUGCAACUGAAAGAUCAGUAUCUGUUCCCCAUCGUUUGGAAUGAUCCCAGAAGAAAAUGCAUCAGUGGAGUAAUGAGCUGGGCUAUCUGGAUUGAGAUGGCCCAAAGAAAGUUAUCCUGUUUCUGGAAUAUGGAAGGGCCUCUUUUGAUGGUUAUUUGUAAAGGCCAGGCUAGCCUUAGAAUGUUUCAGUUCCCUAGGCCCCUUGAAUCUGAUCUGACUUUUUCAGGCUUCUGGACUUACUCUUGCUGCUUCUGUGCAAAACCUCACAAUAUAAUCUGGAAAGAAGAGUCACUGGCCUGGCUAAAGGAAAGGAUUAGUAGGAAGAAUAACUUUCCAGCCUGACCAGGCUCAGCACAUCAGUUACAGAUACUAGUCAGGAUGCACGGGCUGGCAUUUUAAAAAUGUUUAAAAUAUUUAAAUUAUGAACCCAAAAUCCAACUGGCACAAAUGAAAUGAAUGAAGUGGGAUUGUAUAUGAUAUAUAUAAUUAUAUAUAAUAAACGUGACAAGUAUGGUUGAGAAUGCCCUGUGAAUCUGGGGAUGAUAAGAAACCUCUGCUUUUACCCAUUCUAACCAGGGAGGUUUCAGCUCAAGAAAAAACCUCACCCAAGCUCAGAACAGAAAACAAGCCAGCAAAUAAAUUAAUUUAGGACUUUUUUGUCAAUCUCCUCUGCCAAAGCACACCAUUAUGGAGGUGGAGGGCACACACUAGUAUGGGGGUAAGAAUAUGUACAGUGAAACAUGCAUAAAAUGCAGUCUACAAUUAGAUGACUGCAGCAUAAAUGCUGUGGGAUAAGCAUUGAAUUCUGUUGGGUUUUGAUUUUUAAAACACCCGUGAGUUGAUGGAAAGUUGAAAAUGAAGAAAGAUUUGUGUGGUGAAGAGAAGGUGGGAAAACAAAACAUACUAGCUAAGAAGAGAGAUUAGAUUGAUGAGCUUCAAAAUCCCUAUUUUCGAAUUGAAGUUAUAGAGGGAGCAGGGAACAAGAAUCUGGAAUACCAAUUAGACGUUGGACCUAUUAUUAGAGAAGUUAGGUAAAAGCUCCUGCAAAGGAAUUUGAACUUUAUGCAAGAGAGAGCAGAGGCCACUACUGUCUGUAAAUAAUAGGAUAUUGGAACCCAAACCUUCAUUUAGAAAAACCAGUUUUUCUGUUCUGUGCAGGCUAAUUGUGUUAGUUGAUGCCAUUUCCAGUCUCAAUUAGACUCCAGUACUACUUCUCAAUCUUGCUGAAUUGCUGCUCCUGAUCACUGUUAUCCCAGUGACUCUUCCAGACUUUUACCCUUCUACUGGCUCGUGACUCUAUCACUACUCCUAAUCUAAGCAGAUGACCUAACCACCAACUUGUACCAUUCUUGUUUGCUGUGUCAGGAACUCUUUUCUUGUCCUAAGUCUUGAACCUCUUCAUCUUCCAUCCUUUCACUUCUAAACUUACCCAGUGAGUUUUUACCCAAAUAACCUCUCCCUAAGUUCUUGAUCCCAACCCUUACUCCCUCUCCCAAAUUAUGCUUAAUGGAGGAUCUCUUUUGUGUCUUCUUGGCCUCAUAGACUCCCUCCCAUCCACCUAUCAACAUGCUCAGUUCUCUUUCAUCUUCAAAACCACCAACUUUUCCUGUGUCCUGUCUUCUCCUCAAGCUUAUGCAAUCUUUCCUCUUCACCGCUAAACGUGAGCAAUUCCUGUGAAAGACUAGACCCUACAGUCUCUGUUCCCUCCCUCACCUCUCUCAUCAGUAACCAGCUGAAUGCCAAAUCUAUGGCUCUUUUCAGACUUCCUCCUGGGCGAUGAUGGCACCAGUCAACACUACUGACCCGUUCUUCCUUCUUGAACUCCUCCAUCUCCCUUAGUUUCUCCACCAUAGCACCUUCCCUUCAUUCUCUUCCUAUCUCUUAGUUUCUUACUACCCCUUAAGCAGUUGGUACAACUUUGCAUAACAGUUACCUGGUGAGUCCUGGAUUCAUCUCCAGAAACAGUGAUUCAGGUCAGGAAUGAGGCAUAGGAAUCUGUUUAGUUUCAUUUGUUUUUUUGUUUUUUGGGUUUUUGUUUAUUGUUGUUUUUUGUUUUUUGUUUUUUUGCAUUAUUUAUUGUCAAAUAUACAUAACAAAAUUUACCAUUUUAACCAUUUUUAAGUGCACAAGUCUAUGGCAUUAAAUACAUUCACAGUGAGGAAAGCAUCCCACAUGAUUCUGAUGCAAGCAGACACAGACCACAAUUAGGGUUCCUUAGAUUUCCAUUCAGUACUCUUCUAAAUAUUUUUUCUGAAUGAGUUCCUCCACUGCCAUGCUUUUGACAACUACCUAUAUACCAGUAAUCGCCAAAUAUAUUGGUAGCCCCACAUCCACAGUUACAGAUUAAUAUUUUCCCUGUUUUGCAGUUAUAUCCCCCUGGAUAUUUCUUAGACAUGCAAAUUCAACAUAUCCCCAAAGCAAACUCAUUACCCUCAUUCUAAAUCUAAUCCUGUCUCAGUGAUGGCAUCCUCCCAUUGCUCCAGCUACAAACUUCAGUUGACUCUCCUCACUUAUAACCCCACGUUGAAAUAGUCACACAAUCCAAAUUCUACUAAUAGUACGUACUGCUAAUAACAUGAUUCCAACCAUGUGGCUGGCGCUUACCACAGAUUUCUCUCAUUUACCCUCCAACCUAUUCUCUGCCCUUAUGCCAUUGUUCUUUUUCUCUUAAAUACUUCAGUAGCCUAGAGUCUUGUGCUUUAUCUAAUGCCUAUUUUGUUCAAUAUAGUAGACACUUUAUUUAAGUUUAAAUAGAAGUAAAUUUUAAAAUUCAGCUCCUCAUUCAUACUAGCCACAUUUUAAGUGUUCAGUAGCCACAUAUGGCUAUAUGUGACUAAUGGUUACCUUACUGGACAGCACAAAUAUAGAACAUUUCCAUCAUUGCCAAAAGUUUGUUGGACAGUGCCAGUCUUCAAGGCCUUGAUCGUUGAUGGUUGGGCAGCAGGUCAAGACUGAAUAUAAAAAUCUGGAAGUCAUAUAGAGUGAGAUUUAAUGAGUAGUAAAUUCCAAAAAUAAAUGCAUAUGAUAGGAGGGGACCAGGUUCUAGGUCUGAGGGCUGUUCAUAGUUUUCGAAAGAGGGAAAAGGAAGAACUAAAAGAGGCCUGGUUAGAAAUAGAAAAAAAAAAGAAAAAAAUAAUAUAGUACCAUGCACUAGACAACAUAACUUUUAAUCCUUGAAACAGCCCUAUGGGGUAAAUACUGUUAUUAUCCCCAUUUUGUAAAUAUGGGACCUGAAACGCACAGGUUAAGUGAUUUGCCCAAGGUCUCACCUAGUAAGUGGCAGAGCUGGGCUUUGAACCUAGGCAAUAUGGUUGUAGGAUCUAGACUUUGACUCCUAUGCCUUGAGAGGGCACAGAAAUCAGGAGACUGAAGAGCCAGUGUAAAAGAGCGUGGGCUUUGGAGUUACUGUGCACCAUCUGGGAAUAAGAGCUUCAGCCAGGCCAUUCUUAGUUAUCCCUGAUGUUCUUAGAAUUCCCCUCAUGGAAGUCAUACCUAAUUCUAGGUCAAGGACCUAAGUAGUGCCCCUGCUGCUGCUUAUCAGUUAAACAGGCUUGGUCCUCAUGCAUAUUUUGGAAAAGUAGUUGGCAGCCACAUAUAGCAGACAUAGACCCUCUUAAGUCUCCCUCAGUCCUAACUACUCUCUCACUGUACUCUUGACUUGCCAGCAACCCUACCCUUCCCCUGAAUUCCUGAAAUUCCCAUCUAUCUACCUCUAGCUUUGACCCCUGAGUAGAACCUCUUAAAAGUAGGUUUCAAUCUGUUUCAUGUUCAGGAGACAGGGAUUCCAAGGCCAAUAGUCAGCUCCUUCUCAGCCCCCUGGGAUUGAGUCUGAUCUGGGAACAGUGCAGUGGGAAGAACAUCAGGUAUGAAUCAAUCUGCCAGGUAUGAAUCAAUCAUACUCAUCGUAUGGCCACCCUGUUCAAGCCAUUUAACCUCUUUGAGCCUCAGUUGACUCAUCUACACAACUAAUAUAACCAGCCCCUUUCCUAUGCCCAACUGAGCUGAAGGAUGUGAAGGUAUUUUGCAGAAUACAGAGUAUUAAACAAAAUCUGUAAACAUGCCGCAGACAACUAGGCUUGUUAGAUCAAAGACUUAUGAGAAAAAGACCUCAUCUCUGUAGAAAACAUGCAUCUUUAAAUAUUUGGGUUUUAGGAUAAGGAAGUAAUAAGGAGUUCAGCUUCAGCACUACAGAGUAUUUUAAAAGAAGCAAUGCUGGGAGGGAGUGAUCGUUGCUAUUGGAAAUGAGGGCAGUUUAUAAUCAUCUCAGAAUGAUCACAGGAGUUAUAGAUCUGAAUUCACCUAUUUCUCUGUAGAUCUUAAUUUAAGAACCCUUUGAAACCUUGUGACCCUGCUGGGGGUCUCUCCUACCACCGUCCACCUAGACAGUGGGAAGAAAAGUAUAUGGGGCUGUGGCAGGCUGAGUAAUGAUUCCCCAAGAUGUCCACAUCCCUAAUCUCUGGGACUUGUGAAUGCUACCUUAUAGCAAAAGAGACUUUGUAGAUGUGUACAAAUGUGUAGAUUAAGGAUCUUGACUAAAGAUCCUUAAAGAUUUUGAGACAGGACUAACCUGGAUUAUCAGCCUUAAUUGUAACCACAAGUGUCCUUAUAAAGAGGGAGGCAAAGGGAGAUUCGACCACAGUAGAUGUAAUGAUAAGCAAGAGGUUGGAGUGAUGUAAGGAAGGCCUUGAGCCAAGAAAUGCAGGUGGCUUUUAGAAGUUAGAAAAGGCAGGGAAAUGGACUCUCCCCUGAAGGAAUGCAGCCCUGCCAACACUUUGAUUUUAGACUUCUGACCUGCAGAACUGUUAAGAGAAUAAAUUUGUGCUGUUUUAAAUCAGUAUGUUUGUGACGAUGUGUUACAUCAGAGACAGGAAACUAAUACAGGGGCUACGACUACAAUGAGAUUAGGCUACAAGCCCAUGGCACCUGUCCCGGAUAACUCCUUAAUGGCAAGAAAUGGUCCUGUGCCAAAGCGGUAGGCAGGGGCUCCAUCUAGUUAACCAUUAAAAGCUUUGGGCAAUGCUUCAGCAUCUGAACCUGACCUAUUCCUUACUAAUAGUUCUAUUGGCUGAGCAGUUAUCUGACCUGUUUGGAAGGAACUGUUGCAUUUCAAGUCUGCAGCAAUUAGUUUCAAAGAUGUAUAAAGAGUGCUUAUAAAGGUGAGACCCUGAUACCAAGAAGGUAAUGAUUGCAAUAAUGACCAGUGAGAGCCCUUGGAGACAAUAUCUUUGGUUCCAAAAAAGGAUCAUCUUAUUUAUCCUCAAAUCAACCUAAUUUAGGAGCCAACACCAAUUAUGACUUCUUAAAGGACUCGAAUAGGGAAUUGCCCUGGAUAUACUUUUAACAUUUUUAAAAAAUAUAUAAUACAAUAUGUACAAAAAUUAUUUCAACAUUCAGUCAGUAUAAAAAUUAUUCAUGAGAUAUAUUACAUUUUUUAAAUAUUGUCUUAAAAAUGUGUGUAUUUCACAUUUAUAGCUCUUCUCACUUCAAAUGCUCAUUAGCCACAAGGGGCUAAUGCCUAUACUUUUAUCGCAAAUCAAAAAGUAUUUUAUCAAAUUCCUUCGAUAUAUCUAGCAUGCUUUUAACUGCUGUGGAGGUAGGGAAAAGUAAAUUAAACCACCCUGGACUUCCAAAGGUUAGAUUUUAUUCAUUCAGUAAAUAUGUUAAAGUUGAAGAGAAAAGGAGAGGCUCUUCCAAGGUAGCAUGCAAUCCUGUGAGCUUCAGAAAAGGAAAACUUAGUGGGCUACAAUAGGCAUGGAAGACUUUCUGGAGAAUAUGAGAUUUGAGCUGUCCCUGACGGGAAAAGAGCUUAUGUAAUGAUGGACAAGAGGAAAAGGAGCAUGUCCUAUGAACCUGGAUAAAAGAACCUGUUGGCAAAGGUACUCAGGAAUGGGUGUUUUGUACUUUGACAACCGAACAGGACUGACUGUCUAGAAUGGAAAUGUCAUUCUGAGCAGACAUGAGAAAUACCAAUGGUCUUUGCCAUUUAAGUAGCUCUUGGAUGGACUAUUUAAAAGUAAAAAGAAAACCAUAAACAUAGUAGAGGAUAAAGGUAAUUUUAAAAUUUAGAAUACUUUCGAAGCAUAAGAAAAAACCCAAAAGCCAUAUCAGAAAAGAGCAAUAAAUUUGACUACAGAAAGCAAAGCAAAAAAAAAAAUCCAGUAAAGUCACAUGACAAACUAUCAAGGAGGAAAACUAUUUGCAAUACAUGUGACAAAGGGAAAAUUUUAUUAUAAUAUAAACAACUUAUCCAACUAUUCAAAAAAGACAUUCACAAAAAAAUGAUAAUAGCAAAUACCUGAAAACUUGUUUAAUCUUAAUCCUUAUUAAUUACAUGCAAAUAAAAAUAACAUUUCAUCA